AUGAAGAGUAAAGGGUUUAUCCCAAGUAGUACAUCAUACAACUCGCUUGUGAACGCUUUGGCUCUUAAUGGAGAGGUUGAGGAGGCACUGAAGUAUUUGUGGGAGAUGAUUGAGAAGCAAAGAUCAGCUGAAUUCAUUACUUAUGGGACAGUGCUUGAUGAAAUCUGCAGACAAGGAAAGGUUGGAGAGGCAAUGAGGUUGUUGAAGGAGUUCCUAGAGAUAGACCUUCUGAAUGGGCAUACUUACAGGAAGCUUCUAUAUGUGCUUGAAGAUGACUAUGGAGAUUCGAGUGCCCACUCUCAAUUCAGCUCACCUCAAACAGUGCCAUUAAGAAAUCAGCACACCACUCUACGAGAGCUUGCUGCCAAGUAUGUAUCACCGGCAUCUCUUCCAUUGGCACGUGCUCUCGUGGCAUCCUCCUCCUCGUCCAGGAUAAAUCCAAGUGAUCUGGAAGAUUCUUUACUUCAAUUGGUCCAAGAGCACCACCAUGCCUCCCUCAGAAUCCACAAACUCACUGAGAAGGCACAGAAUGAAGCCACUAAAAAGGCAGUGUGUGUGGCAGAGCUUCUGGUUGGAAGCAGUAAACGGUGGGGUGAAAGAGUUUUUGACUCUUUUGUUGUGUCGAAGGAAAUCGGAGACUUUGAGACCUGGAUGAAGAUAAUGGAAUUUUAUUCUAAAAACAUCAAUGCAGCUAUCCACAAUAUUCACCAAGCAUGA